CGGGACUGAACCUGGUCCGGUUCGGUCUGACCCGGUCCCUCGGCCCCUGCACUCACCCCGGUGCUGACUUCCUGGCUGGUCCAGUCCGGAACCAGGUCGUUUUUAGAAAAUAAUUUCUGCCCCGACUCCAGCAUCAUUGUCGCUGCUGCCGCCAUCUUGUCCCUGUCUACGAGCGGAAGUGAGGAGGCGCCGGAUUUACACAAUGACCGUUCACAACCUGUACAUAUUCGACCGGAAUGGAAACUGUCUGUUUUAUAACGAGUGGAACCGGAAGAAGCAGGCGGGGAUCUCCAAGGAAGAGGAGUUCAAGCUGAUGUAUGGGAUGCUCUUCUCCAUCCGCUCAUUUGUCAGUAAGAUGUCUCCUCUGGACAUGAAGGAUGGCUUCUUGUCCUUUCAGACCAGUAAAUAUCGUCUUCAUUACUACGAGACGCCCAGUGGACUGAAGUUUGUCCUGAACACAGACCUGUCUGUGAGCAAUGCCAGAGACACACUGCAACACAUCUACAGCAAUUUGUAUGUGGAGCACAUCGUGAAGAACCCGGUGUGUGUGUUGGGCCACAGUUUGGACAGUGAACUAUUCAGCAGUCGACUGGAUGCCUUCAUCAGAGCACUGCCGUACUACAGCCCCCGAGCUGCCUGACAUGUACACACACACACACACACACACACACACACACACACACACACACACACACACACACACAUAUAGCUGAAUUGUUUUUAUUGGGAACAUGAAUCAAACUGUUGUGUUGUUGUAUUGUAUCUUCAUCAUGUGUAACUGUAAUUAAACUGAUGUAGAAACAUC